CCCACCUUUCCGCAGUCUACUCACCUGCCAUAGGAAUGUACGUAUGGAGUACGGAUACGCAGUAAAAACUACGAAUACCUUAUGCUUUGCCCUACCCAUACUCAACACUGGCACCGACCAUUGCUUGUCCUCCUCUGGUCCUGCAGCCUACGGAUACUCGCAGCCUACGACAGCCUGAGCCAAGUGACGAAUUUAGCCCCUCCAUCCGUCCACCGGCUCCUGUCCGUCCGUCUCUGCAAAAGAAAGUCCGGGCAACAGACGAACGCGCAGUCCGGUGCCGUGCCGUGCAUAUGCCACCUCACUCCUCCCAAGCCGGACAUACCACGCCGUCUCGUCUCAUCUUCUCUUAUCCAUAGGUUAUGUGCAGAUGUGCAGACACCUCAGUGCUCUGCUCUGCAGACCUCUACCAAGCUAGAGUAUGCUGAGCUCAGCUCAUAUCAGCUCAGCUCUGGCCCGAGCCUCGGACGGUAAAGCAAACGCAACACAAACGAUUUGUGCCUCAGAACCCCCGCGCCAAAACUGCCUAGACGGACGCACCGCCCCCUUGGGCCUUGGUUGUCAAUCUUUUCAUCCGAUAUUGACGACAUGUCACGUCUGCAGACCCCUUUCUUAGCAUCUGUACGGAAACGCAAAACCCCCCAAAACCUU